AUGAUCUGCUUUUUCCUUUUAAACUCUCUUUCAGUUAACACAAUUACACUUAAAAACUACCAAAAAUACUUCACAGAAGCAGAGCAUAAACCCAUUUUGGUUACACUAAUCUCUCAAUGGUGCCAGCAUUGUUAUCAAUAUAAACCUAUUAAAGAAAAGAUUGAAAGCCACUUCUCUAACAACAAAAAUUUGACAAUAGCAACAAUAAAUUGUGAUUCAGACACUAAAUUAUGCGAUAAAUUUCCAGGAACAGGUACUCCACGAAUCUAUUUUACCACUUCUUCAAUAGAAAAGGCAGAGAAAUUCGAGGAAUCGAGAACAUAUGAAGAAGUAAAGGCAUUUAUAGAAAGGCAUAUCGAGCCGACAGUUAUACAGAUAAAAUCUAAAGAACAAUUAGCUAACAAAUUGAAAGAAAACAUCAACACAUCAAUAUUUAUCUGUCAAGAUCUUAGCGGAUCUCAUAUGAGCGAUUUUUAUUUAAAACUUGCCAACAAAUAUAAUUCUUACCCUGUUAAGUUUCUGAACCUUACGUAUCAAAAAUACAAAUCAGCAGAUCCAAUUAUUGCAUAUUACUACAGUCCUGCAAAAAUCGAAUAUACAAUAAAUUCUUCAAAUUCUUUCAAUAAGAUCGAAAGAUUUAUUCUCGAACACAUAUACCCUCCAUUUGGUAUUGCAUCUAAGUCAUUCUUUGAUAUACAAGUUCAGCUUAAAGAACCUUUCCUUGUUAUCGAAGAUACGAAACACAAAUAUACCAAUCGCUUAAUUUCCUAUUCAAAAGAUUUCCCAGAAGGUUUUAAGUCAGUCGAAAUAGAUUGCACGGAGUAUACGAAGUUUUGUAAAGAAAUUGAAUACGAUCCAGAGCAAAAGCCAUGGAUUUCAAUAGUAAAUCUGAACAGAAAAGUAUACUAUCACUUUAAGGGUGAUUUCAGCAACAAAAAAGAGUUCGUUAACUGGGUAUCAGAUUCUUGGAAUGGGAUUACGAAAGAAGAAGGUAUUGGUGCAGGAUUCCAAGGCAAAAUAAGAGUUUAUGUAAUGCCAGUUGUUCUUGAUUAUGUGUUUUGGAUUAAGUUUGUUGGAGGAAUUUCAAUUAUUGUCUUGCUUUAUAAAUUAUGGAUUGCAGUUCAUCAAAUACGAGAUUUAAAGCGUAGGUGUUCUUAUGAUCAAUGCGGAUUUAAGUGA